AUGAUACAGUGUCGUCGUCUCCUCCUCCUCCUCCUGCUCCUGUAUUUCCUCGGAAACAUUUCCCGCAGUAGAAAUUCAAAUUUCCGUCUAUGGUUUUGACGCAAGCUACCAAAAUGUCCCGGACCGACGAGGUGCACCGUAUAACGGAGAAUGUCUAUAAGUCUAUCAUGGAGCAGUUCAACCCUUGCUUGAGGAACUUUGUUGCUAUGGGGAAGACCUACGAGAAGGCUCUCUCUAGUGUGACAUUUGCAGCCAAAGGCUACUUCGACGCACUGGUGCGGAUGGGAGAGCUGGCCAGCGAGAGUCACGGCUCUAAGGAUCUUGAAGAGGCAGCAUGGGAUGUGCUCUUUCAGAUGGCUGAGGUUCACAGACAAAUCCAGAUGCAGCUGGAAGACAUGCUGAAAUCGUUCCACAAUGAACUACUCACAGAACUGGAGAAAAAAGUAGAAUUGGAUGUGCGCUACCUAAAUGCAGCUUUGAAGAAAUAUCAGAUGGAACACAAAAGUAAAGGAGAGAGUUUGGAGAAGUGCCAGGCCGAACUGAAGAAAUUACGCAGGAAAAGUCAGGGCAGCAAAAACCCCUCCAAAUAUGGAAACAAGGAGAUGCAGUAUGUCGAGACUAUCAGCAGCAAACAAAAUGAGCUGGAUAACUACAUCAAAGACAGCUACAAGAAUGCCCUGUCUGAAGAAAGGAGGAGGUAUUGCUUCAUGGUUGACCGCCAAUGUGCCGUGGCCAAAUCCAGCACCGCUUACCACACAAAGGGCAGAGAUUUGCUGACACAGAAGAUCCCAUUGUGGCAACAAGCAUGCGCCGACCCAAAUAAACUCCCAGAUCGAGCAAUGCUCCUGGCCCAGCAAAUGGGUGGGACUGUUGGGGCCAGUUCCUAUCACACCACUAAAUCAAACCUGACCAUCUCAGAUCCCAUUCCUGGAGCCAAGCCACUACCUGUGCCACCAGAGCUUGCAGCUCUCAUGGGGAACCAACAGACGAGAAUGAUGGGAGCAGAAAGUGUGCCCAUGUUGAAUGGCACGUCAGGUGUUCAUGGAGGAGAGGAAUACCACCGUUGGAUGGAGACCAGAGCCGCACACGAGAAAUCUUCCGCACAGAUCCACAGACACGGUGGAGAGACCUACUCCAACACCCUGCCUGUUCGCAAGGUGGCACUUGCCAAGCCCAAAAACACUCUGGUGGAGACCCAGACCCUGCCUAGGUCUAGCUCAAUGGCAGCUGGGCUAGAGAGAAAUGGGCGGACACGUGUUCAGGCGCUCUUCUCCCAUGCCGCUGGGGACAACAGCACCCUCCUCAGCUUUACAGAAGGAGACAUCAUCACACUGCUGGUACCUGAAGCCAGAGAUGGCUGGCACUAUGGAGAAAAUGAGAAAAACAGAAUGCGAGGCUGGUUCCCGUUCUCCUACACCCGUGUGAUUCCUGAACCAGACAGCAAUAAACUCCAUGUCAGUUUGCAGCAAAGCAGGAGCAGCAGCACAGGAAAUCUUCUGGAAAGAGAGAAAGCUUUGCCAACACCUGACUACGGCAUGCCCGCCCGCAUCCUCGUCCAGCAGCAGAGCAGGCCACACAGCCGUCAGAGACCGUGCAGUGUGGCAGUGCCAGGAUUCUCACAACAAGGGUUGGAGAACUACAAGUCUCGAUUCCAAACAAGUGCGGAGGGCAAAUUGAUUUCGACAGUGUGAGAGGACAGACAGACACACAGACAGGCACCACCCUCCCCUCCGUCCACACUCACUUCCCUGUCUACCUUUAUCUCUCAACAAUCCAUCCCCUUUCACUCCACCCACUGAGGAAGAAGAUUUAUAUCCACCCUUUCCCCUCCAUUCUAAAUCCCUUAUUUUUAUCCCAGUUGGAAGAAGCCUGUGAUCAUGACAGAUAUACUUAAGGAACUGGAAUGCUGAGUAUUCAUUGUUGACUUUCCUCAGUGUACAAACUAUCAUUAUGAUGCUGAGUUUAUUUACAAUAAAACUAUUGAAACAGUCUUCUCUGAGGAAUUCUCUAUAUGUAUCUUUUGCUUGUCUUUCAUGCAUGUACAUGUCAGCAAUGUAUAUAAACUGAAUGCAUCACGUUUGCCACCUGGAGAUCCACUGAUUUAAACCAUCUGGUGUGGUAAUAAGUUUACAUUUGAUGUUUAAACAUUGUUGGUGGGUUCAUCCAAGUACAAACAAUAAUGUUAAUAACUGAAAUUAUACUUUAAGAGCAUAUUAAAAAUGUAUCAAAUAAUUAGGGUGUAUUUAAAUUCCUUAAUGCCUUUUCCAUUUUGCAGUUGAAUGAAUUUGAUGUCAUUAUUUACAACUUUCAGUGUUUAUUCUAUUUUAUUGUUAUAUUGCUGAUGUAAAAUGCACUCCGUGGUCCCUUUAAUUAUAGUUUUGUAUUCUAACUGCAUCAAGUGUUGAUUAAAACAGAAAUUCUGAGACAUUACACAUUUUUAUUCUGAUGUACAGGAGGCCUCCAUACUGUUUUUUACCUUUACUGUUUCUAAAUUGAAGACUGUUAUGUGUUCUAAAAGCCUCACUGAAUUGGAUACAAACCAUUUCAAUUGCAACUAAAAGGAAAUAAAACACAUGACAAAAUUGCUUUUGUUUCUAGAACUCUUUUAAAAGUGAUGUACAAUAGAGGCAUGGUUCAUGCAUGAAAGAAAUGACAACUGAUACCUAAAUAUCCAUGUCACAAGCAAAACUGUGUUAUUGGUUUUAUAAAAUGGUGGUAACAGCAAUAUGGUCAAAUACAUCAAUGUUCAUUGAAUACAUAAAUUAAUCACAAUAAUGAAUUGUGGCUCAACUAAUCAGAAUUUAGGUUUGGAAAUAUCCAUUUUAUAAUUACAGAUUUAAAGAUAUUAACUGCCUUGCUGUUAUACUGACUAGUUAGUGUACACUAGAUGAUCUAGUGUAGCUACUGUGAUACAUCCAUAUAAAUAACGUGCCAAGUUUUCAUAUAAUCCAUACUCCAUAUGAGCCAGUGCCUUGUACAUUGCAAAUUAUAUUUGUACAGACCAGAAGUUUGUUGAAAAACUGUUUAAUUUUUAUAAUUAUUCUUUAGACUUUUUAGUCCCUAUACAGUAAAUAAUUACAGCUUUUUAUUCAAAAGAUGGGUAAAUACUGGCAAUAAUCAAGUUUGUUAAUAUCCAUCUUUGUUCAUUAUGUCAGCACACUGUCUUAUGUGCUUUUAAUACACUUACAUACCACUUGUUUGUUUGUUUUUAGACUUUUUUUCACAGGAGUGAAAGCUGAAACCUUAGUACCAUGAUUGUAAUGAAAAGGAACUCAUUAAUGGCUUUGAAAUUGCCUUUUUAUAAUAAUAAUAAUAAUAAAAAACAAAUGACUAAAGAUUAAGCUACAAAAGAGGCGAUAUUGUUGAUGUUUGACACUUUUUUGCUUGUCUCUUAGUAAGUGAACAGUAACAGUUUAAAAGUACUUGCUUACCAUUUUCUCUGUAUUGUACCUGAACAGAUGUUUUACAGAAGGUGAUGCACAACUAAAUAAAAUGCACCUUCAUCAUUACCACAAGUGCAUGAGACAUCCAGAUUGUACACUCGUUUUGCUACAAAGAUUUGGUUUCACAUUUAUUUUCACCUUAAAAGAAUAGUUCACCCAAAAAUUUGAAUUCUGUCAUAAUUUACUCAUCCUCUUAAAAACAGUAUGACUUUGUGUAGAACACAAUAUGACACCUAAUUCAGUGAUAUCUGUCAGGUAGAAAGGAUAUUUUCUGUGUGGCACUCUAUUAAAAAAAUUCUCACAGGACUUUUCACAGAGGUCACGCAACCUACAGACUACGGAAAAUGUUAAUUCGGCUGUAGAAUAUGGUUGUCACUCCCAUAUUUUGCUGAACUGUGUGUGUACAGAACAGGAUUAAGCAUUAUAAUGUGAAGUGACAACUGAAUUUAGCUGCAGUGUGUAUGGUCAGAGUGUUUAUACGGUAUGAACAAACCAUGCUUACGUUUUAAAUGAUCGCAGAUUUCUCCGAUUUUAAUAAUAAAAUGUAAAUAGGUAUGUGCACACUGGAUAAGUCACCAGAACACAGGUUUGUUUUGUGUUUUUGGUUAAAAUCAGUUUAUGAAUAACCGCGGCGUUUGCAUGACUUUGUGUCAUCAAGUUAUUAAAGGUGCUGUAAGCGAUUUUAGCCAUUCUAAACGAGCCAUUGCAUUAGCCAUGCUCCCUCUUUUCAAAACCCCACACAUCAAUGAUACCGUUAAUACCGGCACCGGUGUCCCAUGGUUGUCAAACACAACAGUAGCAAAAUAGCUCCCUCAACUGACAUCUAUUGUGAAUCUAAAAAUGGCAUUAAGCCUCAAAUGAUCCACAUCAACAACAAAACUUUGAGAAGGCGCAAAAUGAUUGACAGGCAGAAAGUUGCCCGCGAACAAAUUUGUUUCUGCAAUUUACAGUGUCUAGACAGAGACUAUAACCUCUUUUCCACCAUCGGACCGAACUAUUCUUGUAGCGAGACCGUUCUAUUCUGUGCCGAUCUGGGCCAGCCGGCACGGUUACAGAUUUCUUUUCCCACUGUGGUGCUUAAAACAGACCUGAAAUGUACUCUUGUUAACGCAAGAGUUGAGAAAAACUGCGUGAGAAGUGUCUUUGUUUUGCCCAAAUAAUGCACUUGGCCAGCUACAGAGAAAAAACGAGUAACCUUGGCAACUGACAUGUGACCAAUCUUGAGUCAUGACAGGCAUUCCACCAGCACAGUUGAGCACGUUUGUCCUAUCCAUGCUGAGAACUCCGGGCCGAAAACGGAAAGUUUUCUAAUCGUGCCGUGCCGAAUCGUGCCCAGGUGGAAAAGCUACUGUAAUCAUUCCUCAACGUGCUCAGAACCAUGAGUGGAAAAGAGACUUAUUUAGCAGAGAUGGGCCACUUCUAUUACAACGAAUGGGAGAAAGUAGAAUGCCCAACUGUCAACAGAUGUAGAAAGGAAGUCCCGCCUUACAGUUAAAAGAGCCAAUCACUAAAUAGGAGUUGCUCUUGCAUGCCACUUGUUUACAUAGAAAAAUUGCUGCCCAGAGUAUUCCAAAGAUAGCUGCUAGUGGACUGACUUGCUAGAAGAAAGACUUUGGUCUUGAGCUGUUACAGAGACUGGUGAAAUAGGCCUAUCUCAGGACACAUAAUGAUAUCUUUGAGAGAGUAUGAACAUUUUGUGCAUGCCAUAGAACUGUUCAGCCAUGACAAAAAUUUGUAGGCGAUCCCGGUAGUCUAAUUCGCCAUGGGUUACAAGUUCAAAAACCCCAUUAUAAAAACCCAUAGAAAAAUCCAGAGGGAACCCAUGGUGAAUUCCCAAAAAGACUACAAGCUGAAUCGCUCUAUUCUAUAAAAAAAUAUUUGCUUACAGCACCUUUAAGCAUAUUAAUCGGUGUAGAUUGUAGGACAAGUAACACACUCAUUGCCCGAUUUGAAAUGAAUCAUUUAUUUGAGUUGAAUCUAUUUAAUGAAUACUGGCUGAGCUCGGAAUGGCAUAUGUUGUGUUGAAUGUUAGUAUACACUAUGCCAUUCUGAAUUCAGCAACUGAUCUGGUUCCGACUUGAUGAUCCAGUCGGGCUCGAAAAAACAUAUAAGAGACAAGUAAAUCAUGACUUUGAGUUUCGGGUGAACUGUUCUUCCUCAAAACCAGUAUCAGGCUGUGUUUUGUGUCUGUCUCUCCUCCUUCUGUACCUUUUUCUUUUGCUCUCCGUUUGACUUUUUCUUUGUGUAACUAAACCAACGUCUUGCUAUAGCUCUGCCAACACUUUCCAUCUCUGUUUUGAUGAAUUUAGAGACAAAAGCAGUAAGGUGUCAAGGACUGGAAGCCAGUGCCAGUGUUUCCUCUUUCUUCACUAGAGUAAGGCCGAGGUACGGCUGCCACGCUCACUGAACCCGGGUAGCUCAGAGAAAUCUCCACUUGUCCACAUUUUUAAAAUGUUUUCUUCUGGAAUGCCCACAUUUGAAUGUAAAAUAGAAAAAGUACAAAAAUGUACAGAAAAUAUUUACUCCAAUAUGCAUGUGUUUUGGGUUACACCAAAACAGUGACAUGUUGCUAAAUGACCAUGGUGGCUUUUUACUCUUGAAAAAGAUAAAUAAAAUGUU